CCCGCCCUCGGUCCUCGGAGCCGCCGGCCAGCACUCGGAAGGACCGGCCGGGCCAUGGCCGACCACAUGAUGGCCCUGAACCACGGGCGCUUCCCCGACGGCACCAACGGGCUGCACCACCACCCGGCGCACCGCCUGGGCCUGGGCCAGUUCCCGAGCCCGCACCACCCGCACCCGCAGCCGCCGCCGCAGCCGCCGCAGCAGCCGCAGCCGCCCCCGCACGCCUUCAACGCGCUCCUGGGCGAGCACCUCCACUACGGCGCGGGCACGGCGGGCUCCAUGAACGCCGCCGCCGCCGCCGCAGCCGCCGCGGCAGCCGCGGGCGGCGGCGGGGGCGUCGGCAUCAGGCACGCCCUGGGCCCGGGGACCGUGAGCGGCGGCGCGGGAGCGCACCCCCAGAGCGCGCUGGGCCCCGCCGCCAGGUUCAGCACCUCGCAGUUCCUCGGGCCCCCCGUGGCCAGCCAGGGCGGCUCGCUGCCCGCCAGCAUGCAGCUGCAGAAGCUCAACAACCAGUAUUUCAACCACCACCCCUACCCGCACAACCACAACCACUACCUGCCCCCCGACCUGCACCCCGCCGCCGCGGCGGCCCACCCGAUGAACGGCACCGGCCAGCACUUUCGCGAUUGCAACCCCGCCAAGCACGGGGCGGGCGCGCCCGGCGGCACCCCGGGGGGCUCGGGGGGCACCGGCGGCACCCCGGGGGGCUCCGCGGGCACCUCGGGGGGCACCGGCGGCGGCGGCAGCGCGGGCAGCGGCGGCAACCUGCCCCCCUCCGUGGCCCACGUCCCCGUCCCCGCGGCGAUGCUGCCGCCCAACGUCAUAGACACUGACUUCAUCGACGAGGAGGUGCUCAUGUCCUUGGUGAUCGAAAUGGGCUUGGACCGCAUCAAGGAGCUACCCGAACUCUGGCUGGGCCAGAACGAGUUUGAUUUCAUGACGGACUUCGUGUGCAAACAGCAGCCCAGCAGAGUCAGCUGUUGAUUCCACUCCUUGGAAAGAAAGCGCCCCCCAGGCCUCCUCUUCCUCCUCCUCUUCUCUUCUUCCUCCUCCUCUUCC